GCAGCUGGAGGGUGCGCCACACAGCUGGACCGCGCGCCCCAGCUGGUCAGCCAUGGAGACAAGAGCGCGGCGGCGCCCGCACCUUCUCCCGCUGCUGCUGCUGCUGCUGCUGCUCUGCGGGGAGUGCCCCCCAGUGGGCGGCUGCAAUGAGAAGCGCAUGCUGGCCAUGCUGCCGCACUGCGGCAAGACCUUUGCCGAAAGGAUGAAGAAGGUGGAGGUCUGGAAGUGGUGCAACUUGUCGGAGUUCAUUGUGUACUACGAGAGCUUCACCAACUGCACCGAGGUGGAGACCAACGUGGUGGGCUGCUACUGGCCCAACCCCUUGGCGGAGAGCUUCAUCGCUGGGGUCCACAGGCGGUUCUUCCAGAACUGCUCCGUGGCCAGGCACCACUGGCAGGACCCCCCAGACGGAAUUCUCAUCCCGCUCAUCGCAGCGCCCAUCCUGCUGACCAUCGCCAUGACUGGCGUGGUGGUGUGGCGCAGCAAACGCACCGCCCAGGUGGUGUGAGGGCCCGGUGAGUCCGAGGGGCCCCGCCUGGAGAAGCGGAGGAAAGUUCUCCGGGGCUGGGAGAGCCGGUGGACACUCUUCGGCUGCCCCCCACCCUGUCUGGGCGGGCUUUGGGCUGGUGAAAGAAAACGUGCCGCGGCUGGAGCCUGCGUGCUGGGCACAAGUCACCGCCGCUUCGCCCGUGCUGUCCCAGGCUGGGCUGGGGCCUCGGGGUUCCUAGCACUGAGUCCCGCGGUGCCCCAUCUGCAGCCCCGGCCAGACCCCGACCCCGCCUCCCAACUGACUCUACCCCUGGCCCCAGCCCAGCCCUGACUCCACCCCUUGGCUCUGACUCCACCUCUGGCCCUGACCCCACCUCCAGCCCUGGCCCCACCCCCAGCCCUGACCCCACCCCCAGCCUGGGCCCCAGC